AUUGUCGUUAUUUAAAAAGAGUGAAAGAAGUGAGAAGAGAAUCCUUCUACUCACUUCCUUACACACAAGGGAAAUCCCGAAAUGUAGAAGAAGAGGGAGUGGGAGAGAAACAGAAUCUGCAAGUCAACAGUAAGCAUGUCGGACUCUAAAGUGGAGACGAUUUCAAGGAUGGCACAAUGGAGGGUUGAGAAUUUCGGAUCCUCAACUUACAAACGAUCCGACCCGUUUAAGAUUGGUAUCUGGAACUGGCAUUUAUCAGUUGAGAAGAAUCGGUAUUUGUAUAUUCGGCUGUUUCCGGAACCUUCUCGGACGUCCAAGGAACAACCUCCGGCGGCCAAGUUUGUCCUACGUGUCACCGCUCCAUCCACCAACCGCCGCCCUCUCGUCUCCCAAGUUUAUGAGAGAGUUCUUCGGUCAAGUGAUGAUUUUGUUUGGCCUAUCGAUUCUAACCUUCAAGGAUACUUUGUUAUUGAUGUUGAGUUCCAUGACCUAAAGAUCAGCCAAAAAAAUGGUGAAGGGACUUCCAUAUGGCCUAGUGACAGUACGAUGCAGUCUUUGGCUACUCAAACCACUCUCCGGUGUCUAUCUCGCUUGCUUUUAGAGUCCAUACAUGCUGAUGUAACUAUCAACACCGCUGAUGGAUCGCUACAAGCCCACAAGGCGAUUCUUUCCGCUAGUUCUCCGGUAUUCCACAGCAUGUUCCUCCAUGACCUAAGGGAGAAAGAGUCCUCAACUAUCGACAUAGAAGACAUGUCAACGGAUUCAUGCAUGGCUCUUCUGGGCUACAUAUAUGGGACAAUAAAACAGGAGGAUUUCUGGAAACACCGAUUAGCACUGCUAGCUGCAGCCAACAAGUACGACAUGUCAGACUUGAAAGAUUAUUGCGAGGAAAGUUUGUUAGAAGAUAUUAACACGGGGAAUGUCCUUGAGAGGUUGCAAGAAGCCUGGAUUUACCAGCUCCAUAAACUGAAGAAAGGGUGCUUGACGUAUUUGCUUGAUUUCGGCAAGAUUUAUGAUGUGAAGGAGGAAAUGAAUAACUUCUUUAGACAGGCAGAUAGAGAAUUGAUGCUAGAGAUGUUUCAAGAAGUUCUCCAAGUUUGGAGACCUGCAUAAGAUUUACGGGUGUGGCUAACUAUAUGUAUGUAUAUUGCUGUUUCUGUAAAACACAGGAUGCUUUAUGUGUUGCAUGCAUGCAUGGUUUUCAAAAUUAUGAGGAAAUGGUUUUGAAAUA